CCCUCUCUCCAUAUCUUACGAUAUCUUUUUCUCCCCCUCCUCCGGCUUCUUUUACACGAGAGGUCCAUUAACGGGAGAUAACUUCAACAUCUCUUGAUGUCCAGCAUCACCGCAGACGAAGCUGCUGCUGGGAUUCCGUUUCAUGGGACCCACACAAUUAUAUAUAUAUACGUACAACGUAACAUGAUUUACCAUUUGUCUUAUCCUUAUUCCAUCGUUUCUAAUUCCACAUCUGCUGUUGAAUGAAAGAACAACAGCCCGGAACAGCGAUUAUAACUCUGUUAUUUAUUAACAUUAUCGAAAAUAAUGUUGACCAAAAGCGAAACGGAGAAAGAAAGUGAAAAGAGGAGAAAUAAACACAGGAGAGGGGAGAGACAAGCAACAGCAAGUUUGCUCUAGAAUGACAUGAUAUCAAGGAUAUACUGUUGUCUACCAACACAUACACACAGAUAUAUAUAUAUAUAUAGAUAUAUGCCUUGUUUCGUUAUGGAUCGCUGUUUAUUGUUAUCUGUAUAAAACAGGGAAAUAAUUUUUAAUUAGUAAGAAAAUAAGGACAACAAAGACUGAGAGAGAGAAACUGAUUGAAAGACAGAGUAGGAAAGACAGAUAUAUAUAUAUAUAUAUAUAUAGAGAGAGAGAGAGAGAGUAAUAGUGCAAGAUAUAUAUAUAGAGAGAGAGAAAGUAAGAGAGAAAGGGCAAGACACACAUACACACUCGCACAUAGUAUAUAUAUAGAGAGAGGGAGGGUGGGAGAAAGGAGUCUGGUGUCGGCUUUUGGCAAGAACUCAUUCUUCUGAGGUGGAACUACGAGAAAUUGAACCCUGGUAUUCAUGUUUACAGGAGAAGGAAGACUUGGAAAUAUUUUUGGAUAAUUAACGGCUUUGAUCCUCUUGUCCUUUUUUUUGAAAAAAAAGUUAUCAGAGACCCAGUGACAAGUUCUUACUCCUCUCAGUGAUGUACAUGCGUUGUUUGACAUGAGCACGAAGGUGACAGAGGCUUCAACUGUUGACCUCUUAAACCGUCCAGAAAUCCAGCUGGUGGCCACAUCAAUGGGUGGCACAGACAAAGGUCAACAACGAAGCCCUCCCCUGCCGAAUUCUGUUGAUGUGGAGGAACCAUAUCACCAUGAACUUGCCAUUAACAACAAGAUAUCGAACAAGAAUAAAAUUAUUACAUCAUUGAUUGCGGGUGCCUUGGCCGGGGCAUUGGCCAAAACAGCUAUUGCUCCCCUCGACAGGACGAAAAUCAACUUCCAAAGUAAGAACAUAAGGUUCUCUGCCCGAGAAGCUGUCCGUUUCCUCUAUUCCUGCUUCAAACAUGAAGGUUUCCUGAGUUUGUGGCGUGGUAACACAGCCACAAUGGCUCGGAUCAUCCCUUACGCUUCCAUGCAAUAUGCUGCCCACGAACAGUACAAACAGCUCCUAAAUCGAGACAAGAGGAAACGACAUUUGACUCCUGGUAAACGAUUUUUAGCUGGAGCUCUUGCUGGGAUGACUGCAGUGGCCUUUACCUACCCCCUGGAUAUGGUCCGUGCUCGGAUGGCAGUCACAGCGAGAGAAAGGUAUCACAACUUACCAGAAGUGGUUGUAAAAAUUUACCGUGAAGAAGGUUUACGAACAUUAUAUCGAGGAUUUUCACCAACAAUGCUGGGUAGCAUACCGUAUUCUGGGACUGGUUUCUUUACCUAUGAGUCACUCAAGAAACUUCAUGCUGAGUAUGGGCCUGGUGUGGAACCUCAGCCAAUUGAAAGAUUAUGUUUUGGGGCAAUAGCUGGCCUCAUCGCCCAGUCUGCAUCGUAUCCUUUAGAUAUAAUUCGCAGGAGAAUGCAAACUGCAGGUGUAACUGGUCGUAGUCAUGAAUAUACUACUAUCUUAAAUACUGCACGCACUGUGAUAAAAGAAGAAGGCUUCCGACGGGGGAUGUUUAAGGGACUUAGUAUGAACUGGAUCAAAGGUCCGAUUGCUGUUGGGAUUAGUUUUACUACAUUUGACAUUUGUCAGAAUUGGUUACGGAGAAAGGCAAUGUUCCAUGAUGGAUGAUUAUUAACAUUUCUAAAACUUCAAACUGCUUGACCACUAAAUCGGUAGAGUCUCCGAACAGCAGAUUAAAUUGGGUUAUUUUAUUUUAUUUUAAUUUUAAUUUUAAUUUUUUUUUUUUUUGUAAAUCUAUUUGUAUUACCUGUGAAAAACAACAACAAUAACAGCAACAACAUAUUCCAUGUAGUCACAGUGUGAAAAUAUGGAAUGAGAUGUAACAUGGAGUAAUCUCAAAGAGGCUAUCUCCUAAUUUGGUGGUUUAUGUAUUUUGGAUUUGGUAUCCUACAAACCUACACCCUCUCUUCUCAGAACAGGUAUUGAAUAAAACAGCUAUAUAAACAAUAAAUGUGAGCCACCAUCCCUCUUCCUCUUCCUCCUCCUCCCUUUCUUCCUCUUGAUAACAUUUUCAACAAUUUUUAAUUUAUUUUGUAUUUCAAUUUGCUUUUAGCUUCAUCACGUGACUUCUGUCAUCUAUUUCUCUCUAAUACGGAUGUAUACAUACAUGUAUGUAUAAAUACAUCUCAUGUAUGUACACAUACAUGUAUGCAUGCAUGUAUACAUACAUAUUUGUGUGUAUUUAUUGCAUAUUACGAAAUGUAUUUGUAACACACACACACACACACACAAUCUGCAUCCAUGUAUACGAUUUUUUAUUUUCAUUUUGAAGUAGCAUCAGUUACAGAGGCAUUCAAGAGCUGAUGGUUUCUUACAUUGUGCAGGAAAAUCUCAACUCUUGCAUCACUUUGUAACUUUUGCUAAUUAAAAAAUAAAAAUAAAAAACAUACUCGUGUUAUGAGUUCUAUUUAUCCUGAUUGUACAAGCCAGCCUGUGUGUGUGUGUAUGUGUAUAUAUAUAUAUAUAUAUAUAUAUAUAUAUAUAUAUAUAUAUAUAUAGAUAUAUAUAUAUAUAGAUAUAUAUAUAUAUAUAGAUAUAUAUAUAUAGAUAUAUAUAUAUAGAUAUAUAUAUAUAGAUAUAUAUAUAUAGAUAUAUAGAUAUAUAUAUAUAUAUAGAUAUAUAUAUAUAUAUAUAGAUAUAUAUAUAUAGAUAUAUAUAUAUAUGUAUAUAUAUGUAUAUAUAUAUGUGUGUGUAUAUAUAUAUAGUGUAUUUAUUGCAUAAUACAUUUUGUAUGUCAGUCAUGUUGUAUAAGGCAAAGGAGAUAAUAGAUGUAUAACUAAAUAUUGAGUGUACAAAACCUUUAGAUAUCCACCUGUAAUUUUGUUUUACCUGACACAGGACAUUACCAAUCAAGCUCUACCCAUGUCUAAAGUAUAUUGAGCCUUUUGACAUUUUUGUAUAGCAAAUCAAGGUAAUACAAUACAUUGUGUGUGUGUAUGUACGUACGUACGUACCUACAUACCUACCUACAUACAUACAUACAUAAAUACAUCAGGUCAUUAAGAAUGAAAUGUCCAAUUUUGAACUGAAAGUUUAUUUUACUUUAUCUCAAUAAAAAGCAAUGCAGUUAAUCAAAGUAUGCACCUAAAUUAUCAACACAAUUUUACCAUUUUAUCGGUAGCUUAUUUAUGCCAGCAGUAAAGAAUUCUGGAGAGCAAGAGUUGAUGAAAUCGCGAAGGGCUGUUUUUGCAUCGUCUUCAGAUUUGAAGUUUUUUUCCUUGCAAAAGGUUGUCUAAUGCCUAGAAAACGUGAUAGUCAGUUGGUGCAAGGUCUGGUGAAGAUGGUGGAUGACAGAGUGCUUCCAAGUUCAGUUCCUCUGAAUUAUUGGUCUAUCCAUGGGUUCGCAAAAAUUGAUUUACAAGAGAAAACUCACAAUAUAAUCAGACAACAUGAAUUACAUUUCGCAAAGUGCUGUAACUCUUCAAUGUCAUAAAACAAAGAAUUGUCAGGAUAAAACAUUAAAGUUAACGACUGUCAAACUUGGUGCAUAAGAAAAUAGGACAUUUUAUUCUUAAUAACCUGAUAUAUAUAUAUAUAUAUAUAUAUAUAUAUAUAUAUAUAAUAUUAUGGUGUAUUUAUUACACAGUUCACUCACACAUGUAUACACAUAUUUAUUUUUGUGUAUAUUAUAUAAUACAUGAUGUAAGGUAGAUGUUAUAUAUUUUCAUUACAUAAAUGUAAUGUCAGAGGUGAGUUCUUUGUGAACAGUGUUUGCAAUUUGUCUUCAGUUACCGGUUGUACUGAUUUCACUUCAGUUUUCUUCUUCCUUUGUGUUAUUUAUGCCAUCAGAAAAGGCCUGAACACCACAACUCUAAUCUCUUCAAGCUUAAAAGUCUUAGCAGAAGACCCAUAUCUACCUGGAUGAAGCAUUAAUAACCUGUUCUUGCGCUUCCUUCCUCGGCGGCAGUCAUAGCAAGAUUCCUUCGGAUAUGGUUAGGAGUGCAAACCAGGCCUGGAAUGGGAUGUCAUGUGUUUUAUUGAGUACGUUAAUCAUUUGGUUCAGUAUUAAAUAAUUUUUCAUGAAUUUAAAAAA